ACCUCUCAUGCCUUGCUUCUUUCUUGAACCCUUUUUAUAUAUAAAUGUGAAAUGCUCAUUUGGGUUAUUGCAGAGUCUGCGUUGAGCCUCAUUGCCAUGAAAAUGGAGCUCAAGAACCCUACAAUCCUCACUUUCCUUCUUCUCUUCUUGCUUGCCACACCUUGUUUUUCUAGAGUAGGUGGAUCAGAUGUAGUGGGUACCGAGGUUUAUGAGAUUGAUUAUAGAGGUCCAGAGACCCACUCAUCAAUCCCACCACCUGAUCACUCUCAUGGGAACCCUUUGAUCCACAAAGAAAGUGCCAUGGCAAGUCCUAAACCUAAGAGCUCUAGGGCUUCUAGCAUGGGAAGAAAGGCCAAGCAAAUGCAUGGAUGAAGAUCUCUGGCAGUGAGAGUGAUAAUUUUGGUCAAAGUUUUUAGUACAGAUAUAUCAAUUAAGAACAUGUUGAGAUUGAUCAAUUAAUAUAUAAAUGAUUAAUUAGCAAUCCUUAAUUCAUUGUAUGUUUUAAUUGCCUUGUGUAAAUGAGGGCUGUGAGAUCUUUUAUGUUUGGAUCAAUAUCUAUUGUAAUUACCAUUA